AUGUCAUAAUAAUAAAAACAACCAAUUCAUGAAAGACGUCGUAGAAGUGGAGCUUUACAUGCUUAAACAUGUGAAGAAUAUCUUAAAGUAUAUACAUUUAUUGUAUUAAUCAAAAGAAAUAUGAGUAAAUUGGAUAAAUAAUAAUAAGAGAUGGCUCAAGAAAAAAGAGUUUGACUGAAUCAGCUUUUCUUAAUUUUGAUUUUAUACCUGCAGAUGAAGGUAUAGAAGAUAUUUCUUAACUUAAAAUUCUUAUCUAUUCUCCUAAAUUUAAAUUGAAUGAAUAAGAAUUCUUACAAAUUUUAAAACGUGUGAGAAAUAGAUCAAUUACAACAGAUAAUAUACAAAAUGCAAAUUUAACAUUUGAUUUUGAUUUCUUUUAUAGAGAAUAUGAAGUCAAUGAAAAAAAUUUUGGUCUUCAUUUUUGGAUCUAAAAUAAUCCAAAAAACAAGCAUACACUCUUUUUUGCAGGUAUGCACGAUUACUAACUUUAUCAAAUUAGAAAAUUAUUAUCGGUUUUUUAAUGCAGCUAUUCUAUUGUAGAGAGAUAGUAAUCUAGAGUCAUUAAUAAGAGAAAUUAAUCCUAACUGUACAAUUAAAUUUUUUCCAUUUGUAAUUGUUUUUCUUAUAUAAAAUAGAUGGAUGAAUUAUUAAUGGAAUCACUUUAAUCUAUAAUUGCUGAAGUAAACUUUUUAUUUAUUUAACAAGAUCUGUCAUGGCCAUAUUAAAUCUUGAC